GCCGUGGGAAGCCCCCCCGAGGAGGCGGAGGCGAGGAAUAGGAAGCAGCGAACGGGACCGCCCAAGCUCAGGCUGCGAGCGAGCAGGGCCGGGAAGUGGCCCUCGGGGCGGGCUGCUGAUCCGGGCGGCUGCAAGAUGAGCGCCGCCAGGGAGUCCCAGCCUGAGCGCGGCCACGGAGUGAAGCGAGCGGCCUCCCCCGAUGCCACCUUCUGUCUUGCAGCUUGGAUCUAGCAGCUGGGAGGCAGCAGACCUGGGUAAUGAAGAAAGAAAGCAAAAGUUCUUGAGACUUAUGGGUGCUGCAAAGAAAGAGCAUACUGGCCGCCUUGUUAUUGGAGACCACAGAUCAACUUCUCAUUUUAGAACAGGGGAAGAAGACAAGAAAAUGAAUGAUGAGCUAGAAACUCAGUUCCAGCAAAGCAUGGAUAGCACCAUGUCAGGAAGGAACCGGCGGCAUUGUGGACUCGGCUUCAGUGAGUUUGAAGAAGACAAGGGAGAUCCAGAGGAUACAAGAGACUCUCUGGAGCCAGAAAGCUCAGAGGACUCAGAAAGUGAUUCUGAGUCUGAGCAAGAAGAGGCUGCAGAAGAGGCUGCAGAAUCUACUGAAAAGCACAGCGAUGCUGAAGAUCCUCAAGCUAAGAAAAAUUCAAAAAGCAACUAUAAAAUGAUGUUUGUUAAAUCCAGUGGUACAUAACUACAGAUCAAAUCAGCCUUUAAGCAAAGUAAGCCUUAUGGUUACAGUGCAAAAGUAUUGGACUGCUUACAGCACAGACCUUUCUAUUAUGGUUUGAAUAAGGCCCUUUUAAAGAGAGAAUAGUGUUUGCUUUUCCAUCGCCAUGAAACUAUUUUUAUCAGCAUGACUGUAUCCAUUUUGUUUUGUAAAGUAUGAAAAUAAAAUUGGGCUGGUUGGGGGGAAGGUGCAAGUUAGUUCUCGAUCCCCUUUUACAUCAUUAUUCUGUCCCCCUUCCUAUUCCAUGAUGGCUAUCAAACCUUUCUUAAGCUUGUUAAAAUGAUUUAUCGAAAUGAUA